AUGUUGGGCGGCCCGGGUAUUGCUGGUCUACUGCUCACCAUUCUGCUUUUGGGCCUUCUGUGUCCAAAGCUGGCCAAUGCGGAAAAUAUUUUGGCUGUUUUCUCAUACACCUUUGGCUCGUCCUACUUGCUGAUUACUCCGUACCUUAGGAAUCUUGUCCAACGGGGUCACCAUGUCACUCUGAUAUCGGCCGUUACGAUAAUGCCCACCAUAGAGGGUGUCCAUCACAUUCGAGUGCCCAAAUUGGAUAUGCUAAUGGAAGCGCUCCUGGAAUACGAUUACGACGUUCAUAAUACUAAGUGGACGGAGGCUCAGUUCGUGUCCGAAUACUUUUACAAUUGUUCAAAGUUCGUCCUCGAGGAUCCUGGCGUGCAGCAGCUGCUCCACAACGCCAGUGCGCAGUAUUCGUUGAUUAUUUUGGAGGCGGCCCACAACGAUGCCCUCUUCGGAUUUUCGCAGCACUUCAAUGCACCGCUGGUGGGGAUUGCCGCUUACGGAUCGUCGUGGAACAUAGACUUUCUGGUGGGGAACUCGGCGCCAAGUGUCUACGAACCGAUGUCCGCCUUGGGCUACUCACCUGGCCACAGUCUGAUGGAGAAGUGGCACAACCUGAUCUUCAUAACCGAGGAGCGCCUGGUGGAGCGAUUCAUCUACCUGCCGGGCCAAAUAGAUCUGUACAAGAAACACUUCCCCGGGUUGACCGCCAGUAUCCAUGACCUACGCCGCAGAUUCUCACUGAUCCUGAUCAAUCAGCAUUUCAGCAUGGGCCGCGUGCGCAGUAAUGUGCCCAAUAUCGUAGAAGUGGCGGGUAUGCAUCUGGACGAAGCACCACAUACCUUGGAUGCUGAACUUAAAAAAAUUUUGGAUGAAGCCGAACAGGGAGUUAUCUACUUUUCAAUGGGCCUGCAAGUAGUGGAUAACUGGUUGCCCCCAGAUAUGCGAGCUACUAUGUCGGAGGUCUUUGCGCAGUUGAAACUACAAGUGAUUUGGAAGAGUGACCAUCCAGCGAUGGUCAACCAAUCAAGUAAUGUUAUUUCUAGAACAUGGUUUCCUCAACGGGAGAUACUUAAUCAUCCUAAUGUAAAGCUAUUUAUUACCCAUGCUGGUCUGUUGAGCCUUAUCGAGGCAGUUCACUAUGCGGUUCCCGUGCUUUGUAUACCUUUGUUUUACGAUCAGUUUCAAAACACCAAGCGAAUGGAGAAAUUGGGCGUGGCCAGGACUGUGGAUUAUACAAACCUUUCCCGGGACGAAAUUGUCCUGGUCAUUGAGGAUCUCGUGUACAAUGCUAGUUAUAAACAAAAUGUCAGGGAUUUAUCGCAACGAUUUCAUGACCAACCCAUGUCGGCCAUGAAAACCGCGAUUUGGUGGACUGAAUACAUCCUGCGGCACAAGGGUGCCGAUCACAUGAGAAUCGCCGAGCAGGAAAUGUCCUUGAUGCAAUACUAUAACGUUGAUGUGGUUUCUGUUCUAUUCGGCAGAAUCGGACUAAGUGCUAUUAUUGUUAUCUUUCUCGGCUGGAAACUAGUCUCAUUGGCAACAAGAAACCUUGAGUACCGAUUGAAUGUGCCUAUCGUAAGAUAAAAGUAAGUUAUUCCUAGCAACAGCAAAAUCCAAGACAUUGCCAAUCGGCCACCUUUUGUUUUAAAAAGUGUAUUAGGCAAAGGUGUUCUGUGUUAUUUUAGCUUUACAUACAUGUACUGUAUAUGACUAAUUAGUUUUAAAUAAAAAGCAGAUUUAAUGUUAAAA